AUGGCAUCUGAGAAAUUUGGUCCUCAUCUCCCGACGAUCAUCGAGGCAAAACAUAUCGAGAACCUAUACGAACUCUGGGGAAUCGAUUAUGCCGUCGAGAUCGAAGCACCCGAAGAUGGUGAAACUCUGGAGACUGUGAGACCGGGGUAUUGUGGGGCCUACACGUCGCAUUUCCAAGACGGAGGUUUGUCAUUUCCGCUUCCUCGCUUCCUUCUCGAGGCGCUUGCGGAGCUUGGGAUGGAUUUUGCCCAGAUGGCACCUAAUUUAUGGCGCUAUUUUUUGGCUUCGAGGAUCCGAGCUAGGGAGGAGGGUCUCAAGUCUGGUCUCCAGGAAUUGAAGCAACUGUUUUCUAUUAAGCGGAACAAUGACUUUCCUAGAAAAAUGAUUCUUGCUCCUCGGCCCGACCGUUCUAUUAUAGACGAACUCUUUGGUCCUGCGCCUAUGACUCCCGAGCUUCGCGGACUGAUUUCCACUCUGCGGCGAGGUAGCCCUCGAUGGCUCUCAUUUACCGUAGAUCAAAUUCGAGCUGCUUACGCUCUUCCCCCAGGAGAAAACUGUGCUACUCCUGUUGGUCCGGCGGUCCCUGUUCGACCAGAAAAAGGUCGUCGUAGCGAGAGGGCGAGGGAGAAGGAGGCGCUACCCGAUCGUUCUGACGAGUCUUCCAAAGUUGGGUCAUUAGAACGAGCUCAAAAAGCCCGACAUGGACCGACCCUUAGGUCGAGAUCGCAGGCUCAAUCUCUUGGUCUUUUGGCUACGCUGGUGUCGAUCGCCGUUCCCGUAGGUGGGGCUCGAAGGGCGCCAGACGCUUCAGCCGGUUCUGCCGGUGAUCGAGCUCUUGAUGACAACGUUGCUUCAUCGACUCACCGACGCCGACUUCAAGCUCUAGAAGAGAUCAAUUCUAUCAGAGAGAAGGGAUGCGAGCUUCCUUCUCUGGAUGACAUGCGUGAGCGUGAUGCUUACGUGCGGAUGGCAGUCGCGAAUGCUAAGGCUAUGGAAGCGAGCAAUGAAUAA